ACAGCAGCAGAAGAAACUUCGACGGCCAAAAGCAGAAAGUAUUUGAAGCCAGUGCACCACCAGCAUGGACAUGUCGUUCCGCUGACACAGCAUCAGGGACCGGAUUAGAAGAGGCCUAAUAUUGUGAAUCGUUUACAGUAUUCCUCUGUGGACAACCACCUGCUUCUACUUUCAUCGUGCUUCGUAGCCUCGCGUGUUGUCAUGUCGUCGAUCUACAAGGCAUUCGACCGUACAGUCAGAGACAUAAAGCGAGAGGUCAACAAGAAUGUGCUCAAGGUUCCCGAUGCCGAACGAAAGACCCUGGACGCGACGACCAACGAGCCCUGGGGGCCUCACGGUCAGCUGCUCGUCGACCUCGCGCGGGCGUCGCACAACCCGAUCGAGUACUCCAUGGUCAUGAACGUGCUGUGGAAGCGAUGCCAGGAUGUCGGCAAGGACUGGCGCCACGUGUACAAGUCGCUAGUGGUGAUGGAGUACCUGGUGGCGCACGGCACAGAGCGAGUCAUCAGAGACCUCCGCGACCGCUCUGCCUUAAUCCAGAGCCUGUGUGACUUCCAGUACAUCGACAGCGCCGCCAAGGACCAGGGCCUCAACGUGCGCACCAAGGCGCAGGCGCUGCUGGCGCUGCUCAGGGACUCGGCGCGCAUCGCUGAGCUCAGGGAGCGCGCUGCUGCCACCCGCAACAGGUUCAAGGGUGCGUCAGCGAUGGGUGCAGGGCGGGCAUCGAACCCGUAUGGCGACCACGAGCCCGAGAGGCAGUCCCGGGACUCGCACCCGGCAGCCAGCUAUGGCAGCAACAGCUACGGCGGCGACGGCAGGAGUGUGUACAGCACGGGCUCUGCUGAGAGGGUUCACUCCACAGACAGCGGACACAGUGGACGGGGCAGCGGCGAGGGGGACAGGCCUUAUGGAGGGAAGGAGAGGCACGGGGGGGAGGAGGAGGUGGAGCACAGCAGCACGGGGGGCGGUGGUGCAAGGGCGAGGGGGCACGAGGGGGAGGGUGCGGCUGGCAGCAGUGCAGGCGGGGGCGGGGGCGGGUUGGGCACGCCUCAGAGUGCACCCAGGCCUGCUGCUGUGGCCGGCGCUGCAGCUGCCAGCGCCAGCCCGUUUGAAGAGGAGGGCUUCUCGGCAAGCAGUGCCUACGGCCCAGGCCCAACACAGCCCUACACCUACCCGCCCUCCGAUGCCCCUCCCCCUGCUGCUGCUGCUCCGCCUGCAGCAGUUGUGUCCCCCGGUGGGGGCGGGGGCUUUGAUGACGACGACUUUGACCCGCGCUCCGCACCACAGCAGCCACCGCAGCAGCAGUGGCAGCAGCCACCUGGGGCAGGGUUCGGAGAGCCACCUGCCUAUGGCGAUUCCUCCUUCCCAGCCACGUUCUCACAGCUCCCGCAGCAGCAGCAGGCACAGCAACAGCCAGACCAUUACCAGCAGCAGCAGCAGCAGCAGCAGCAGCAGCAGCAGCCUCCCCAGCAGUAUCAGCAGCCACCUCAACAAUAUCAGCAACCACCUCAGCAAUAUCAGCAGCCACCUCAGCAAUAUCAACAGCCACCUCAGCAGUAUCAGCAGCCACCUCAGCAGUAUCAGCAGCCACCUCAGCAGUAUCAGCAGCCGCCUCAGCAAUACGGCCAGCCAAGUCAGCAGUACCAGCAGCCACCGCAACAGCAGCCGCCAGCAGCAACACGCAUCAGCCCCCCGGCUGCCACACCUGGUGCUCCUGCUGCUGCAGCAUCACCGGGCUCUCAGGAGGGCUUCCAGGCCUUCCCACCCGAUGGGCCCCCACCCUACUCCUUCUCGUCUGAACAGCCCCUGCCACAGCAGCAGCAGCAGCAGCAGCCAGCAUUCACGGCUCCUGGUUACCCAGACCCCGCUCAGGCUGCUGCGCCCUAUGCGUUCUCGGCCUCAGAUGCUGCACCUCUCUCCACCCCUGCUCCCGCUCCUCCCCCUCCCACCGCCCUUCACUCCGCUCCCCCCGCCUCCGUGCCAGCACCUGCUUCAGCAACCUCCCCUGUUGCUGAGGGAGAUGGUGGUGCGAGUGCGAGUGCGGAUGUGAAGAAGUCGAGUGUGUUCUCCGACGUGCUCAGCGCCGGCCUCGUGGACCUCAACAUCUCCAGAGAGCCGGACGACCCGCUGAGUUCGGUGGGCGUGAUGCCCAAGUCAAAGCUGAGGUCCGCGCGCGAGCGCAAGGAGGAGAGCGCCAGGCAGCAAGGCCAGGGGCAGCAGGGCGGGCAGCAGGGGGGUGUGCCCGCUGCCAUGGGGCGCGCUAUGGGGCCCGGUGCUGGUGCUGCUGGCAUGGGUAUGGGGGCAGGCAUGGGGGGCAUGGGAGGUUUGGGAGGCAUGGGCGGCGGGAUGGGAAUGGGAGGAGGAAUGGGAGGAAUGGGGGGGAUGGGGGCUAUGGGUGGAAUGGGUGGUGGUGGUGGUGGCUAUGGUAUGCAGGGUGGUGGGUACGGGGGUAUGGGGAUGGGCGGUGGAGGCAUGGGAGCGAUGGGAGGGCCCAUGGCAGGAAGCAUGGGCAUGGGAAUGGGAGGUGGUGGAUAUCCAAAUCCCCAAGGUGGCUAUCCGGUGGGUAACUACCAGCAACCCGGUUACCAACAGGGCAAUUAUGGCACUGGAUACAACCAAGGCACAGGCUAUGGUUAUUGAGUAUGGUCCCUGCAUUUCCAAACAUACUUGUGGCGCAUAUUUUUCCAGUAUUUUCUGUUCCUGUAUUUGCCCAAAUAUAGUACUACGUGGUCAUACCGGUAGUACUGACGUAGAGAAUGUCGUCGACGUAGGCGACGAGUAAAAUAUAGUUGCUGCUGUCGGCAGGCCCCCAAAUUGCAGCCUUUUUAUGCUGAUUCAGCCUUUUUUCAGGCCUUUUUCUGGUACUUA